UUAAACAUGGCGGUCUGUUUAGGAAAUGUGCCGACUGAAUCAAUCUAAAAAAGAUUUUAUCGAUAAAUAAGAGUGAAAACGCAGGUGCAAUCUCAUUUAUAAGAUGGAGGUGGAUACGAAUUUAUCCCCAGACGAUAUUAUAUUCUAUUCAGUAUUGUACUCUAGCGUCACUGUACUUUUCGGCAUGGCUGUCCUUUCCAAAUUUCUUACGAAUGAAUUUCGGUUUGGAUUUCGGUCUGUUUUGAGUUUGGUUGUGCUGUUUCUAGGCGAGCCGUUAUGCCAAUUUUUGGUGAAAGGUCCAUGGGGUCUAACCUGUUUUGCUGUUGGUUGUUUGUUUAUUUAUUCCAUUUUACCUGCCAGUCAUCUUCCAGUUGGAAAUAAAGCGGUUCUCAUAACAGGUUGUGAUACAGGAUUUGGUCAUGCAUUAGUAAAGAAAUUAGAUAGUAUAGGUAUGAGAGUGUUUGCUGGUUGUUUAGUUAAAGAUGGCCCUGGUGCCAUAAAAUUAAAAAAUAAAUGCUCUGAAAGAGUAACAUUUUUACAGUUAGAUUUAACAAAUAAUAAAGAAGUAGAAUUAGCAGUAGAAUAUAUACAACAACAAGUCUCUACAGAGGGUCUGUGGGGGUUAGUAAAUAAUGCUGGUGUAUGGUAUUGUUCCGAGCUGGAGAUGACAUCCGAGAAACUUAUGCGCCGUGUAAUGGAUGUUAAUCUAUUUGGAGCUGUCCGUAUAACGAAAGCUUGUUUACCCAUGAUACGAGCAUCAAAGGGUAGAAUUAUAAAUGUUUCUAGUCUAUUGGGUCGUGUAACAUUAGAAGGUAAUGGUGCAUAUUCUAUGUCGAAACAUGCUCUUGUAGCUUAUACAGAUACUCUACGACAAGAGAUGAGAAAAUGGGGAGUUCAAGUAGCUCUAAUAGAACCAACAGGUUUUUAUACUGGCAACAUGCAGGAGCAUGUGAUCAGAAGUCGUAAAGAGGAGGUCUGGGAUACUUUAGAUGAGGCGACAAAAGAUACGUACGGAAGAGAGUAUCUGGAUCAGAUAUGUUCACACAUUAUAGAUGGUACUCCACGAUUUUCAAGAGAUCUUACACCUGUUAUACGCUGUAUGCGUAGUAGCUUAUUGUCCAAACGACCACGUGAAAGAUACCCAUGUGGUGCAGGUGCUGAACUAUUAAUAACUUUAUAUCCAUUACUUCCUGUCUGGUUAGCAGACAAGUUAAUGGCUGCCAUAUCUUUAAUUCCUAGAAAUAUCACGCCCGCCAGUUUACAAAGCUAGUCAGCCGAAUUUCAUGUUUUCAAGAGAUAUAUUUUAUUUUCUUAUUAUAGCUUUUUAAGUUGUUGACUAUGAAGUUGUUUGUGUUUGUGUGUGAAUAAUUGAAAUCUUGUUUUUGUAUGUCGUUCAGAAAUCCUGUCUCUUUGGGGUGCUGGGUUUAAAAUCAGUUUUGUUACUUAUUAUAUUGAUGUACAGCUAAGACCACAUUCCACAUACAUCAUGUUGAACUUAUAUUUGGCCAAUUCUUGGUGGAUCACCAGUUGAGAAUCAGUAGUUCUUCUAGUUUCAAUCUUAAAGGGGCAUUAGGUAAAGAGCUGACAGUUCUCGGUAUAAUGGUUAAAAAAAAAAUAGAUAAUGAACAAGCAAUUUGUUGAAAUUACUUUCCUCUGAGCCUAGUUAUCGGUAUGUUAACACUUUAGCCUUGAUUGUCAUUGCUACCAUUGUUUCGAUAAUAAACAAAGUCUAGAUUAUCCAUUUUUACGGUUAUUUCAUCAACCACAAAACAUAUUCAAAUCUACUAAAUAUCUAAGCCAUUUGAUGGCAUCGACAGUUGAUUAUGGUCUUCGUAAGUUAGUUAUUGUCCAAUUAAUAAUUUAUAUAACAUUUAAGGUCUAAAGAAAGACCUGCAAUAGGCUGAUUUAGUUCAUGCAUAAUGUCUGUUUAAUUAUGUAAAUAAUUUUGACACAGGUUUAAGCCACUAAUCAUGAUUUCAGGGAUCUUGGAUCCUGUGUAAACUACAAUAUUGUGAAUAUUUAGUGCUUAAAAGCAAAUUCAGUACAAUAAUGGCUCAAGCCCAUUCAAUAUUCUCUAAGAUAUGAUGAAUUGAAAAUUUGGCAACAUUUAGCAUAUUCUGAAGGCAAUAAUAAAUAAGCUAACGAUAGCUACUGUAUGUGUUGGUUAAAAUAUUUUGAUGGGCCUCUUUUUAAUCAGAUUGAAAUCAAGAUAUUUUGGUUUUGUUUUCUCAAUUAAACUUUAAAUAAUCAAUUUGUGUCCUUUUUAACCUGGAUUAAGAUGUGAAAAAUUGGAUAUUGUCUGAAAAAUGCAAAUAAUGAUUAGCAUCUUUAGAGGGCCAAUCUCGAUUAUAUUUUGUAGAAUAAAACUGCUUAAUUUUGUGUUAAAAGACCUUAAAAUCCUCUACCUUAGGGCCGAGCAACUAACUCAAUAUACGUGAUACAUUUUCAAACAAUUUAAACCUGUUAGUCUUCAUCUGGAAAUGGAGUUCGGUGUCCUAAGCUGUAUUAUACAGUGUCUGGAUAAAACCAGACUUUUAUUUUAUAAAAAUAACAUGUAGAUGAAAUUUACCUUUCAUUAUCAAGUACAGCACAUGGGUCAUUCACUGUAUAGACCUCUAAAGGAAUGGCAAUAGAUUAUCAGGUCACCCAACGAAAAAAUUGACCCGAAAUCUUAAAACGGUUACGUGUCCGGAUAAGCAGUUUUGACGUUCACAUCCAAACGACUCAAUAUUUUGAUCUGAAAUUUUGAGACAAGGUAAAUACACCAUUCCUCUAUAUUUUGGUGUUUAAAUUUCAUACGUACACAGACUUUUAUUUCUGAGACUCUGUUAAAUUCGGGAUGGUCCCUUUACGGGAUGGUCCCUUUAAAAAUGUCUGAUAAAAGUGUAGGCAACCUGAUAUAAAUGUAUUUCAGUGUUGUGGUUUGUGGCUCUGGAUGUGUUUACAACUAUUCAUCAGAUCUUAUGCUGACAAAUGGCCACUAAUUGUUAUAUUAUUACUGUAAAACCUAAAAAAAAACGUAACUAAAUGAAUACCUAAGGUAAUUAAUACAUAAUUUUUUGACUAUUGGAAUAUAUGUGAACUAUCUGGCUUGUUGGGCCCUUAAGAUACUUGCUAACCAGACUUAAGGCCUUUGCAGUAUGGAAAUCAAUAGCAAAAAACCCCAAUGAUUGACCUGGAGACGAUGAGAUUACAAAUGUGUUUACUUGUUUAUAUAUAUAUUAUGUGUCUAUGUAAGUGUGAAAGUGUUGUUACGAGGGCAUUUUCUUUUUUUUCUUCAUUGACAUUCAAUAUUAGAAUUAGAAUUUUUUAUAUGGCAUUUAAAAAGUCUAGAGUAAAUGAAAAAGUUUGUGAAAAUAACCAAAGAAUGAAAUUUUAUGAUUUUAAAAUUUUAUUUUGAAGAAUGCUUUAAUUUUAAUAAACAUGAAAUAGAAAUAAGAAUUAUUGAUUGUAAGUUUAACCCUUUGAACCUGAGACGUCUCACUUGUUUGUGGCAUACAUUAGAGAUAAACUUAGAAAGCUGGAUUUCUAUACUUGUUUAUGUCAGACAUCUAGGCAAUAACUGUCUCAGCAACUCAUUGUAUUGACUGCAAAACGUUCAGGGACUCGGCGCUCUAAGGGUUAAUAAUAAAUAUGUUUUAUAAAAAUGACAUGUUAGAUUGUGCCUAUUUCUUUUUGAAGCUGGUAUUAGGUUUGAUUUUGACUUUUUUAUCAAAAAUGCUUGAAAUUUUAAUUAAUGUAUAUUCAACUGUAUUUGUAUGUAACCAAGAUUUUCAAACUAGUAUAAUUUCUAAUCAAAAUAUUUGUUAAUAUGAUGUGUUAUCGUAUUGUUAAUGAUAGUAGGAAGAUUAGUUUUAUUUGGAGUUAUGGUCCAUACUUCAUCUUUUUCUAUUGAAAGGAUUCAUUGUGUGUCAGUAUAUAUUUAUAGAGAAGUACAGAUAUAGGUAAAGCCUGAUUCCUGCCGUCAUCAAUCACCUAAAAUAUCUGUGUUUUGUGUAAAUUCUACUAGAUUGAAGAUGACUGAACAAGAACGGGGGUGGAUGGCCGAAUGGUUAGCAUGUGUGCGCUGUAUCAUAAAGUCUGUCAUUGAAUCAACUGGUGUGGUUUCGUUUCCCUGGUUGUACAUAACAAGGAGUACGGUCACCUGUCCAACCUCAAGGGUUUUCUCUGAAUUCUUGGGUUUCCUCCUACGCACAAGCGAAUUAUUGAAAUAAAAUUGACAAAAUGACCAAGUUUGUGUGGAGUGGAUGUUAAACCCCAUCUCUCUCUCUCUGGUUUCCUUCCUCUUCUAAAAGAACCCUGUGCACAUGCGACUUAUUGCAUUGACUCUAUACCAUAGUUAGUCUCUACAUUUAUAUUUUUGAGUGUUGAUUGUAAUGUUAUUGAAAUGGCCUGGUUAACUCUCUCUCUCUCUCUCUCUCUCUCUCUCUGUCUCUUUGAAUGAGAACAUGAUUGGUUAAACUGUAAUUGUCUUUAGAUCCAGUGAAUUUUGAUUUAAUCAUACAAAGGUCUGAAUGUAUUGAUUGAUCAAACUAUAAAUUGCUUUGUAUUUUAUGACAAUUCAAAGUCUGUUAUUAUACAAUGAAGACAAUUGUUUUUUUUAUGGGAACAUCCGAAAAGAAUAACAUGAUGUGUCCUUAUGAUCACUUAAAUGUGAUCAAAGGAGAUAUCGUUUGGACUGAAACCUUUAUGGAAGCAGUAAAAGUAGUGUAUGAUUUUUCAGGAAUAUCAUUUGAUUGAAACUAAAUUCUAUACAAUUGAUGUCGGUAGGAAUCAGGCUAUGAUAUUAUUAGUAACAAUAAGAGUUUUCAUAUCUAGUUGGCAGCAAUACAGCAUGCUAUUUACUCUUUUACAUUUUAAUGCUCAGUUUUACAUAGUUAUACUUUAAUAUUGAACUCCUAUCUCUUUAUCUAUCAAAGUUUAUAUGGACAUUAAUUAGCUAACACCUGGCAGUAUUAACCUAACAGGGUAGAAGCUCUGGUUAAAAUUUAAAUGUCUUCUACAACCAAGAAGGCCCUUUCACUUCCCAUUUUCAGUAUUAUGUAAGAUUUAAAUAAAGAACUGACCAUUCUUGCUUUCAUAGUUAAAAUAUAGAUAAUGAAAAAUGAAUAUAUUGAAAAUAUUGUUAAAUUACUUUAUUCUGAGCAAAGUUAUGAAUGUUUGAAAUUUUGACAAAAUGUAGUCUAUGUGAACAUAGUCUUGAUUCUCAAGUACCAUGUGACAAUAAUUAACAAAGUCUUGAUUAUUGAUUUCAACGUUAAAUUAUUAAAUAGCACGGCUAUUCUAAUCCAUUUAGUAUCUUGACCAUCUGAUACCCUAGAGAGUAGAUUAUAAGCUUGUCAUGUGAAUAAAUGUCUAAAUAUUGAUUGAUAUAACAUUUGAAGCCAGAGACAAAAAGAUCUCUAAUAGGCUGAUUUAGCACUCGCGUAACACUUCUUUUAGAACAUAUUUGGCAUUAUAAAAUGGUUAGUGUAAAAUGGUUAGUGUAUAUAAGUUUUCUAUAAUCAUGAGUAAAUUGUUAUUAAAGAUAUUUGUUUUUAUAAAGAUGGAUGAUGAUGAGAUAAUUUAUGUGAGUUAUUUAUUUAAUAUGUUAAUUGAAAUCAUCUCAUUAUACAUCAUACAUUAUUAUUUAUUAUUUGUCAUUUAUCUUUUGAAUGAAAUCAGUUUGUGCCAUUAAAUUUGUUAAGUCAGUAAAUUAUGUCACAUGGGCCAGUCAUGUUAAUUUCAUUAAAGUUUUCUGGGGUAAUUUAUUAUGUAGCAAUAUAGAUGUAGUUUAGUUAAUGCAUGUUUUUAAAAGUGAGAGAAGGGCUGAUCCAAGUUGAGUUCUCUUUUUUAUCCAGAUUUAAAAACUAAAUGUGUAAAAGUAAUAAAAUCAAAAAUAUAACAAUUUACCUCCCCACAUGGCAAAAAUAAAUGAACUCUCUCUGCGCAGUUUAUAGAAAGAGUGCUCUUUUGGGAUCCAUUUCCGUCAUUGGCUUGCUCUCGACUAUUAGUAAUUAGAUGAAGAAAAAUCUUUUUCAAAAUUUUGCAUCAUCUGUUAACCAUUUUUCAGGUUACUCAUUAAAUCGCAAAUAUUACGAGCGCUCUGUAACGGAACCCAGGCAGUUCUUUUUAUUUACAUUGUUUACAUGUGCAUCUAGAAACUUCCAAAUUUAUUUUUAGAAAAAUUAAAAAUGUAAAAGUUGAGCAAUGUUAAAUAGUGACAUGUAUUAUUUCCAAGCUACAUGUCGUACUGUGUAUAUUUGUUAAUUGGUGCAGUUUAUUUUAUUAUUUAUGUUUAGUUGGUAAAUAUUGCUAUUUUUAGAAAUACUAUUUUAUGCUUAAUUUGUUAUAUAUUGUUUGUAUACAUUAAAAAAGAAAAAAAA